AUGCCUGUUAUGAAAGGAUUGCUGGCUCCUCAGAACACCUUCCUGGACACCAUCGCCACCCGUUUCGACGGAACACAUAGCAACUUUAUCCUGGCCAACGCCCAGGUGGCAAAAGGUUUCCCCAUAGUCUAUUGUUCCGAUGGCUUCUGUGAGUUGGCUGGGUUUGCACGAACUGAAGUCAUGCAGAAGAGCUGCAGUUGCAAGUUUUUGUUUGGUGUGGAGACCAAUGAGCAGCUGAUGCUUCAGAUAGAAAAGUCUCUGGAAGAGAAGAUUGAGUUCAAGGGAGAAAUUAUGUUCUACAAGAAGAAUGGGUCUCCGUUUUGGUGCCUAUUGGAUAUUGUUCCUAUAAAGAAUGAGAAAGGAGAUGUGGUCCUUUUUCUGGCUUCUUUCAAAGAUAUAACAGAUACUAAAGUGAAGAUUACUUCAGAAGAUAAAAAAGAAGACAGAACCAAAGGAAGAUCAAAAGCAGGGACCCACUUUGACUCCGCCCGGAGACGGAGCCGCGCCGUCCUUUAUCACAUCUCAGGACACCUGCAAAGAAGAGAAAAGAACAAAUUGAAAAUAAAUAAUAAUGUGUUUGUAGACAAACCUGCAUUUCCAGAAUAUAAGGUUUCUGAUGCAAAGAAAUCCAAGUUCAUCCUGUUGCAUUUCAGCACUUUCAAAGCUGGCUGGGACUGGCUCAUUCUGCUGGCGACAUUUUAUGUUGCCGUGACAGUUCCUUACAAUGUGUGCUUCAUUGGCAAUGAGGACCUGUCCACAACUCGGAGCACAACGGUCAGUGACAUUGCCGUGGAGAUUCUUUUCAUUAUAGAUAUUAUUCUAAAUUUCCGAACAACUUAUGUCAGCAAGUCUGGGCAAGUUAUCUUUGAAGCGAGAUCUAUUUGUAUCCACUAUGUCACGACCUGGUUCAUCAUUGAUUUGAUUGCUGCCCUGCCCUUUGACCUCCUGUAUGCUUUCAAUGUCACCGUGGUGUCCCUUGUGCAUCUUCUGAAGACUGUCCGGCUGCUGCGUCUUUUGCGCCUUCUGCAGAAACUUGACCGUUAUUCUCAACACAGCACAAUUGUCCUCACCCUGCUCAUGUCCAUGUUUGCUCUCCUUGCACACUGGAUGGCAUGUAUCUGGUACAUCAUUGGAAAAAUGGAAAAGGACAGCCUUCUCAAGUGGGAAGUCGGCUGGCUUCAUGAGCUGGGAAAGAGGCUGGAAUCUCCAUACUAUGGCAACAAUACGCUGGGGGGCCCGUCCAUCCGAAGCGCCUACAUUGCUGCCCUGUACUUCACUCUCAGCAGCCUCACCAGCGUUGGAUUUGGGAAUGUGUCUGCUAACACGGAUGCAGAGAAGAUCUUCUCCAUCUGUACCAUGCUGAUUGGAGCCCUGAUGCAUGCCUUGGUGUUUGGGAAUGUGACUGCCAUCAUACAGAGGAUGUACUCCAGGUGGAGUCUCUAUCACACCAGAACCAAGGACCUAAAGGAUUUCAUCCGCGUGCAUCACCUUCCCCAGCAGCUCAAGCAGAGGAUGCUUGAGUACUUUCAGACAACCUGGUCAGUCAACAAUGGAAUAGAUUCAAAUGAGCUUUUGAAAGACUUUCCAGAUGAGCUGCGCUCUGACAUCACAAUGCAUCUAAACAAGGAAAUCUUACAGCUGUCGCUCUUUGAAUGUGCCAGCCGGGGCUGCCUCAGAUCUUUGUCUCUCCAUAUCAAAACUUCAUUCUGUGCUCCAGGAGAGUAUCUGCUACGCCAGGGAGAUGCUCUUCAGGCCAUCUACUUUGUGUGUUCAGGAUCCAUGGAGGUUCUUAAAGACAGCAUGGUAUUGGCUAUUCUAGGGAAGGGGGAUUUAAUUGGAGCAAAUCUAUCAAUUAAAGACCAGGUGAUCAAGACCAAUGCUGACGUGAAGGCACUGACCUACUGUGAUCUUCAGUGCAUCAUCCUUAAAGGGCUCUUUGAGGUCCUGGGCCUUUACCCUGAGUACGCACACAAAUUUGUAGAAGACAUCCAGCACGACCUCACAUACAAUCUUCGGGAAGGUCAUGAGAGCGAUGUAAUAUCAAGAUUAUCAAACAAAACGGCAGUCUCACAGGCAGAACCCAAAGGGAAUGGAAGCAUCAACAAGAGACUUCCAUCUAUUGUGGAAGAUGAGGAAGAGGAGGAAGAGGUGGAGGAAGAGGAGACCACAUCCCUCUCUCCCAUCUAUACAAGGGGAUCCUCUGCUUCAUGCAAUAAAAAGAUUGGAAGUAAUAAGAGCUGUCUAGGUUUAAGCCUAAAGCAACUAGCCUCAGGGACAGUACCAUUUCACUCACCAAUCAGAGUCUCCACUGCCACCUCCCCUAAAACCAAGCAGGAGACUGACCCACCUAACCAUGGCAGAAGGAAAGAGAAGCACCUAAAAGUACAGCUUUACAGCCUGAACAGUGUGGGAACCCCAGAUCUCAGUCCAAGGAUUGUUGAUGGAACUGAAGAUGGCAACAGCAGUAAGGAGACUCAGACUUUUGACUUUGGCUCUGAACAAAUCAGGUCGGAGCCCAGAAUUUCCCCUACCCCUGGAGAUGCAGAGAUCGGAGCGGCUGUUCUGUUCAUCAAGGCUGAAGAAACCAAGCAGCAGAUAAACAAGCUCAACAGUGAGGUAACAACAUUGGCUCAGGAGGUUUCCCAACUAGGGAAAGAUAUGAGGAACAUCAUUCAACUUCUGGAAAAUAUCUUGUCACCUCAGCAACCAUCGAGAUUUUGUUCUCUGCAUCCCACUCCGAUGUGUCCUUCCAGAGAAAGCUUACAGACUAGGGUGAGCUGGAGUGCUCAUCAGCCUUGCCUACAUUUUCAGGCAGGUGGAGCACAACUUUAUCAUGGUAGUGUCACCUCUGACAUCUGGAGUGUGGAUCCCUCCUCUUUGUGCAACAGCCCUCAACGAACUGAAACUCAUGAGCAAACCCCAGCAGACAGUGAACUGCUUCAUUCUCCAAACCACUGCCAGGUUAUCCAGGAAGGUCAUUUGCAGUUCCUAAGGUGCAUCUCCCCCCAUUCUGAUACCACGCUGACACCUUUGCAGUCCAUCUCUGCCAGUCUCUCCUCCUCUGUCUGUUCCUCUUCAGAAACGUCCUUGCACCUAGUUCUCCCAAGUAGAUCAGAAGAAGGCAGCAUCACCCACAGACCUGUGAGUUCCUUCAGUCUGGAAAAUUUACCAGGCUCUUGGGACCAAGAAGCAAUGAUGUCAGCCUCUACAGAACCGUUGGAGAACUUUCCAGUGGAAGUUGUCACAAGCACAGUAGACGCAAAGGACAGCAAAGCCAUAAACGUAUGAUACCAGCACCUAGGGGCCGCUUCCUAUGGCAAACUGCUGCUGCAUGACCACUCUGGUUUGCCUUUGGGGCCUCUAGUAGGCAUGGAGCCUAAGCAAUGUUGGGAAUUCUGCAGAAAAGAGGGCAGGGGGCCAGGGAAAGGCAGAUUCACCUCUAUACUGUAGCAAACAAUUUCUAGAUCUUAGAAGAACCAACCCUUUUUCUGUACAGGUAUUAAUUUACUAGUCUGUUUGGCAGACUUUGGUAACCAAUACAAAGACCCUGAGAGUCUGAGUAGAUAGAAAUCCCAGACAAAGAAUUUGGGAACCAGUUUUGUCACAAGUGGCUUUUGUAAAAUGCAGCAAAGGCUUUUCCUGAGUGCCCGAUUGUCAUUUCUGAACAAUAUCCAUAACACGGUUAGCCUCGCGUACAUGGCUCCUGCUGAUCUAUUUUCCCCUUUUUGAAGGCAGAGGAACAAUUAUCACUGCAUGACAUCUCCUAGACAAUCAGUAAAAUAGAGCUGGUGGCCUAUAGUGGUUAGCUAGCUGCACAUUAUUUGCCAUGUAAAUUAAAAUGCCUUUAUUUAUUGAAAAAAACUAUUUUUAUAAUCUUGUUAUGAAAUAUGUAUUUAAACUACUUAAACUAUUUAUAAAGAAAUGAAUGUUUUCAUUUUGGUAAAAAAAAAGCUUGGUGUUUUAACAAGAAAUGCACUACUGUUAUGUAUAGUAAAUCAAAAAAUUAUUUAUCAUUAAGAGGUUGUAGCUUCGAAAAGAAUCCCCUUUUUAUCUGCAUGCAGUUUAGAAAACAGUAAAAAUAAUGUACCCUCACACUUCUGGGCUAUGAAAGGACAGUGGGAUCAUACUUUCUUAAUGAAAUAAAAACAUGGACUCAGCGUGAAGUCCAUGAGGUUUGGCCUGUUUGUGGAGAGGACCCCUCAUCGCUGCUAACUCAUGCCAUUCUGUGGGCCCCAGCAUUGUAUUCUGUGCUGUAAGAGAUUAAGCUUUGUAUAGUAUGUGAUCACAACCCACAUUAAGUCACUUAGGGUUCAACAAUAUUAGCGUGUCCUACCCUGGUUCCCCAUUUUAGGAGAGGCCAUGGAGUAAUGUCCGAAUGAGACAAAGACUUCUGGACUGUGACUGCUGGGCACAGUACUCACUUAAACAGCUCAUGAUACUUGCUCAACUUAGGGUGGCAUUGAACCUUUAAAGUUAAAGCUCCACAGGGAACUGAUAGCUACAUACAGUAUGAUACAUACAUACAUACAUACAUAGCUACAUACAGUAGCUAUGAUAGCUACACAGUAGAUGCUAUAUGUGUGGCGGGAGAAAGGAAACAUGAGGUUACAUGGCUAAGAUGUUAACAGCUAGAACCCAGAAUGUUUCCAGUUCUUCACACACACCAACAUGAAAAUUAUGAUGCUAUGUUUGG